ACCACCUACUUCUCCUUUCACAUUAUCAGCAUUACUCACCCUCAUUAUCUUACUUGCGUCGGCUCAUCUCAGAAUAGUGAACUCAACUACAGAGCAAAGUGCAGUAAACCAACUGAAGAGAAGAUUUUUUUCUGGUCAAUUUCAGAUCCAGAAAGAAGAAUGUCUCAAACUGUCGUAGCCGUGAACUCUUCGACGCUUGUCAUCCAGUUUCAACCACCAACUCAAACAACAGCAGCUGGAACUGGGACAAAUGCUCCUGUGCCUGAUUAUGUACAGGAGGUGGCGGGAGUUUCACCUCUUCAUGGACAGAUACUUCUAAAAGGCCAUCCAAAAGCCCUUGGGACUGUCCAGAUAAUGAUUGGUCUGUUCACUCUCCUGCUGGGAAUCGUGUCUACAGUUCAUGGAUCCAGCUUUGCCGUUAUUGGUAUUCCUUAUUGGGGAUCUCUCAUCUACAUUUCCACAGGCUCACUCUGCAUUGCUGCAGAAAACAAACUGAAUUCACCCUCCGGUUUGUGUUUGGUGAAAUGUUCUCUGGGAAUGAACAUUAUUAGUACUUUAACUGCAGGCAUUUCCUUUAUCAUAAUUUCAAUAGAUUUUCUCCAAGGGCCAAUGAACACUUACUGCAGAGAUGAUUAUUCUUGUUAUGAAAUUGAGGCAAAGUAUAAGACUCUCUUCUUUGGAAUCAGUAGUGUAUCACUGAUAUUCGCCAUCCUUGAGUUUAUCAUCUCCAUCUAUCUGUCAGCAUUUGCAUGUAAAGCCACCUCCUGCUGCUGCUGUUCUCCACAGGUGAGUGAUGUGUCAAGUUUUUCAGUUAUUUACUGAAAAAUAACUAAAAUACAGAAAUUAUUCUAAGAAAUCCAAAUUAAAGCAUAAGGUUUCACACCAGGACAUUUCAGGAGGAUUUCUGUCUUUUGCUUUUUUCAAUCAGUAAGUAAGGAAGCUUAUCAUAUAUCUUUUUUCUUGCAGAUAUCGGAGG